AUGCUGGUCUCCUCCGAGUCUGGCGUAUCAAGGCCCGGUGGCAACUUGGGACUCAAGGGCGCUACAACGUCCACAGCCGCAACUACCAUUGAUGUUUCUCAACCCAUCAACAAUCUCGCCCCUGGUACCACUAUCAAUGUCGGCGGUUACGUCAAGUCACUCCUUGACGCCGUUAGCGCUGGUACAGUAACAUUUUCGCUAUAUUUUGACGAUGUACUACUUGACCAGUUGGUGAGCACGCCUGGGACCACCAAAGUCUAUCAGAUGCUGUCUUCGCCGUCGGCUUUCGUUGUUACAGGAGGCGAUAGCCACACACUUAAACUCCGGGUCGAAGCUGCAGGUUUCAGAGGAGCCAUUUUCGCAGCCGACGAUUUCUAUGUCAUUGUAGCGUCUGGGCCUGGCGACGUCCCUGUCUGCAAUCCCACGCCUGCACCAACGCGCGCCUGCUUCUCUGCACAGUCGACCAACUAUGUCAGGAAUCCUGGAUUCGAUAACGAUCCAGUGCUUGACACGGCUAUGGCCUACUGGAGUGUAUCGCAAGGGUCUGCUUAUUCUACAAACUCUUGGGUCUGGGACUAUGCGGGCCGUGGAGGUGGCAAUGGAUUCCUGGGCUUCACCAUUGCCGGCGACGCCGGGAAAGUGGACAGCACACAGUUCCUCAAGCAGGAGAACAUCAACAUCCCCGAGGGUGCUAUCAUCGACAUCCGCGGCUACGUGAAUCCGCGGCGUGCGAGUACUGUUGACAAACCACUCUCGUUGACGUUGAAGUUUGACAAUCAGGUAGUGCAAUCGUACACUCCUCAAACUACAGGUUUCACCAGGAUUGGAACGACUUUUGGCAGCCGUAGUAACACACGGGUUACCAUAGUUGGGUCAGGGCCUCACACUCUUUCUCUGGAGGUUCGCACCGCGGGUGUGGAGAACGCAGAUAUCUAUUACGCAGAUGAUUUCGAGAUCAAGGUAGUUUCUGGACCUGGCGGUCUGCGACUCUGCCCGUCUUAG